UCAAAAUGGUCUUAAAACAUAGAAUCACAGAGAGGUUUUUCCUUCUGUGCGACCUCUAUGGCCGUUGAGCUGUGCCACUUUCCGAUGUCAUGAGAUUCAGUUACAGUACGGCAGGAUAGCAGCGGCAUCACUGCAUGCUGAGAGACCCUCUUCCUCGCUCUCCCUUGCAGCUCUCCCCCUCCCCUCCCCUCUUCCCCCUUCCUCUCCUGUCCCUCCCUCUUUAGUCCUCUCCUCUCUCUUCCUCUCUCCUCCUCUCCUCUGCCUCGGUGGUGUGUGUGUGUGUGUGUGUGCAGCACACAGAGCCAGGGCGUGUGCUGGCUCGCUGCUGAAGCCUGUGGUCAGUGGGGAACAGCUGCAUGUGUAUGUGUGUGUAUGUGUGUGCGCAGUAUGUAUCCUGGGGUUUUUGUGUGAGGGCCUCAGUUGAAGAGACGAAGUCUGUACGUAUGUGCGUUAGAAGAAGAAGAAGAGUGAAGUACAUGCGACUGCAGCUGAGAGCCUGAUGUAGCCACUGCAUCCCUGAGCGACAGAGAGAGACAAAGAAAGAGGAUGGAAUGGAUGAAUGGCAUGGAUGAGGAGGAGGAGGUGGAUAAGCAGCAGCAGAGCAAAGACUCUGUGUUCUUCAGGGAUGGCGUACGCCGCAUCGAUUUUGUCAUCUCCUACGUGGACGAGGAACACAAAGAUGCAGAGAAGAGGCUGGAGAGGAGAAAGGUGUAUGAGGCGAAGCUCCAAGAAUGUGGACUUGAGCUGGAGACAGAAGACAAAGCGGAGUCUGAGGACGGCAGGACGUGUUUCCUGAAGAUCCACGCCCCAUGGGAGGUGCUGGCCACCUACGCAGAGAUCCUCAAGAUCAAGGUGCCCUUCAAGGUCAAUGACAUCCCAGACCAUCGUGACAUCCCGUUGUCCUGGCUCUGCACCCCUUUCCGGCUGCCCACGCACAUCAUGCACCCCGAGCCCGACUACUUCACUUCCCCCUUCGACAAGAGCAAGGUGGACUUCUUCCUCAUCGACGACAAGGACACCUUCUUCCCCCCGUCCGUGCGCAACAGGAUCGUUUACUACAUCCUGUCGCGCUGUGCGUACCAGAACACGACCAGCCAACGCAACGACAAGAAGGGCAUCAAGAGGCUGCUGAACAACGGCACCUACACGGCAGCCUUCCCACUGCAUGACUGCAGGUAUUGGACGCAGUCUCGAGACCCUAACUGUGAAAACGAGAGGUACAGCCUCUAUCGAUACUGGGCUCAGUUCUUUCGCUUCUACAAACAGCAGCCACUCGACCGCAUCCGGAAGUACUACGGGGAGAAGAUUGGCAUCUACUUUGCAUGGCUGGGCUUCUACACGGAGAUGCUGUUCUACGCAGCGGUAGUGGGCCUCUUCUGCUUCAUCUAUGCCAUCACCACGUAUGACCAGAGUGUGUGGAGUAAGGAGAUCUGCAGUGAAGAAGUUGGGGGGCAGAUUGUCAUGUGUCCUUUAUGUGAUAAGAAGUGUGGGUACUGGAAGCUCAACUCCACAUGCAAGUCUACUUGGCAAUCUCACUUGUUUGACAACGUGGGGACGGUGUUCUUUGCUGUAUUCAUGGCGAUAUGGGUGACGCUGUUCCUGGAGCUGUGGAAGCGUCGUCAGGCGCGUCUUGAGUACGAGUGGGACCUGGUGGACUUUGAGGAGGAGCAGCAGCAGCUGCAGCUCAGGCCCGAGUACGAGAUCAAAUGCCAGAAGAGACGCCUCAACCGCAUCACACAGGAGAUGGAGCUGGUCCUGGACCGCUCGGCAGCAGAUGUGGUGGGCAAGCUGUGCAUAUGCUGGAGCACAGUGGUGCUGUGGAUAGCACUAAUCAUUGCCUCCAUCAUCGGGGUGAUCGCAUACCGGUUGGCGGUGUACGCCGCGUUCGCCAGUGCCAUGCGGGACUCCCCGACCAAUAAGAUCCAGCUGGUGGGCUCGGUCAUCACGCCGCAGCUGGCCACCUCCGUCACCGCCUCCUGCAUCAACUUCGUCAUCAUCAUGAUCCUCAACUUCUUCUACGAGCGCGUCGCCAUCUGGAUCACCGACCUGGAGAUCCCCAAGACCCAUCUCGAGUAUGAGAACAGGCUGACGGUGAAGAUGUUCUUCUUCCAGUUCGUCAACUACUACUCCUCCUGCUUCUAUGUGGCCUUCUUCAAGGGCAAGUUCGUGGGUUAUCCCGGCGACUACGCCUACAUGUUCAACAACAAGCUGAGCGGCCUGAGGAACGAGGAGUGUGACCCGGGUGGCUGUCUGAUCGAGCUGACUACCCAGCUGGUGAUCGUGAUGACAGGCAAGCAGGCGUGGGGGAAUAUCCAGGAGGCCCUGGUGCCGUGGAUGAAGAACUGGUGGGUGAGCAGGAGUGCCCGUAACCACCCUGAGAGCCUGUACAGCCGCUGGGAGCAGGACCACGACCUCCAGAACUUCAGCCAGCUAGGACUCUUCUACGAGUACCUGGAGAUGGUGAUCCAGUUUGGCUUCAUUACCCUGUUCGUGGCGUCCUUCCCGCUGGCUCCGCUGCUGGCGCUGCUCAACAACAUCCUGGAGGUGCGCGUGGACGCCUGGAAGCUCACCACCCAGUUCAGACGGCCCAUCGCCGCCAAGGCCCACAGCAUCGGAGCCUGGGAGGAGAUACUCCACAUGAUAGCUGUCUUCUCAGUCGUCACCAAUGCCUUCAUUGUGGCCUUCACAUCAGACAUGAUCCCGCGGCUGGUCUACCUGUACGCAUAUCACGACGGCGACUCGCCCACCAUGCAGGGCUACAUCAACAACAGCCUGUCUAUCUUCAACAUCAGCCAGAUCCCCAUAGACAACCAGCCCGAGCCCGGGGAGAACCCAGGCUGGUUCAACGCCUCAGACACCACCACCUGCAGGUACCGUGACUACCGCUACCCUCCUGGCCAUGAGAAGGAGUACCAUCACACCAUGCAGUUCUGGCACAUCAUCGCUGCCAAACUGGCUUUCAUCAUCAUCAUGGAGCACGUGGCGUUCCUGGUGAAGUUCUUUGUGGCGUGGCUGAUCCCGGAUGUGCCGUCGGACGUGAAGGCGCGCGUGCGUCGCGAGCGCUACUUGAUCCAGGAGUACCUGCAGAAGUACGAGCUGGCGAAGCUCAAGGAGCAGCUGUCCAUCAACAACGGAGCCUGCACCUGCCCCGAAGACACAGCCCCGCCCCCCACCGCAUGCACACCUGUGGACCCCCGGCUCUAGCCAAGGCUGACACACUCACACACAUACACACACACACACACACACACAUUUGCAACUUGCCUUUACCUGCUCCCCCUCCCUGCACUCCCGUGAACCCCUGACUUUAGCCAAGGCUGACACACACACAUAUACAAACACACACACACACACACACACACACACUUGCAGUGAAUACCAGAUAUGCCUGCCCAGCUACUCCCACUACGUUUUGAGUAACCAUGCCUCCCAUUUUCUUUCAUAACAGACGUCAGACGUCCCUCCCUCUCGCUCUCUCACACACACACACACACACACACACACACACACACACACACACACACACACACACACACACACACACACACACACACACACACACACACACACACACACACACACACACACACACACACGGCUGCUGCCAAAUGCCAGGACCAGUGUGUCUCCCUUAAAUACACCAAACCCCUUUCCCGCUGACCUGCAUCGUUGCCUGUCUGUAAAGCUGUGCUGCCCUGUGCCAGUGACCGCUGUGGACCCUGCUGAAGAUACACAUGGAAGCUGAAGCGCCUCCUGUGAUGUUAAUAUGCGUCUGAGCACCCCUCUCCCUCUGCCUCUCUAACCCUUGGCUGGGCUAACCGGCUGGCAUUCUGCUCACCAAGCUAGCAACUCAACUCAGGAUCACCAUUUAUCUGCAAGGGGAUGCUAUAGCACCCUGCCACCACCAGGGGGGAGCAGUCAGCUCCACUUCAAUGCCGCUGUUGAUUAUAUAUUGACAAAAAUGCAUGUCUGCACUGCACACGUGCACAUGCAUUAUUACACACACGCACGCACACACACACACACACACACACACACACACACACACUCACCUUUUCUGGUUCUUCUGCUGUCAUUAGUUGCCUUAUAUCCUUGUGUGACCCCCACUGUGUCACAUUGCCUUAACAUAAAUAUGAUGAUACAUUAGAUAUCAAGAUAAUAUCUACACUUGUGAUGCCACUAAUAAUGGGCAUGAGAAUGCUGAAGAAGGAAGGUACAAGAAUCCAAACAGCUCUGUUUUUAUUUCUUUUCCCCCCGCUGAUUGGCUUCUGGGCCCAAACAUAAAAAUCAUAGGAUAGAAAAUAGGACUUUUCUUAUUUCCAUUUUAGCAAUCCUCCCAUUUGGUUAAGUUUAUUGUAUGCCUACAUUACAUUUUCUGUCUUAUUUGUUUCGUUUGAAAGUUGUUCAGCAUGAAACUCUUCAAAGCUGAUGAUAUUUCUAGGUUAUGCGAGGAAAACAAAUCUGAUGUCACAUUUGUCAGAUCUGUCUACAGCCACUAAUAUUUACUUGUUUCCUUUCCCUUCUUUUGUACAGCAGCUCUCUGUGCUGUUGUUCAUCCUAAUCCACUAUAAUGCUCGACAGCGUAGAUAGGAGGAGAUAGAAGGUGGAGAGACAGUAUUCUCAUCUCACUAACGCUUUCCCUGAGUCCAGUAGCUUCCUUCCUGCAUGUACAUUCAGCACUUGUUAGCCAGAGAUGCUUCAGAUACUCAGCUCUUAUCAGCCUACCAAAGAUGACAGGCCGUUCUCACCUCCUCUUCCUCGUACAGUAUCUAGGUAACUGUCCCUGUACGGUAGAUACUAGCAUGCUGGUUGUGUGCUUGGAAAUACAACACUCAGUGAGUGUUGUCAUGCAGACAUAACAGAAGAAGACUUUUUUCUAAAAAAAAAAGUUUUACAAAGUGAACAAGUGAUCAUUUGUUAUCAUGGGAAAAUGUUUUUUGUUGACUUAAUUGAUAUUCUGUUUUAUGCUAUUUUUUAAUUAUUUUUUUAAAUGUCAGCUUUAGAAUCCUUUAAGAAAAAAAAAACGUUUCAUUGAAAGUUUGUAUGUGCCAUAAUAUGGCUUUGAUUCAGUAUUGUUUUAGUGUUUUACACCGUCAAGUUCAUUCGCUUAACAGUCACUGAAGUUUCUCAGAGACUACCUUUACUUCUGCAGAGGUUCAUUACAAAUGUGUGUACAAAACAUGGAGCUCACAUACAGUGUGCAUCCUCAAGACGUUUCCUCAGCGCUAGUUUCUGGACAAUUCACAUGUCUCUUUCCAGACUUCUAAGGGUUGAAAUGCGUUAUCCCACAGGACGUACAAAGACAAAACUCAAACUGUGCAUUUCAGAUAAAUGGGCCAGAAGCCAUAGAAAACUUCAUGUUAUUGCAUGCUUGGUUAUGUAAAAUGUAUGUAUGUAUUUCUUUAGAAAUGUCUGUCUUUACCUGCUUGUAAUAAUUGUCUGUGUCUGACUGUCUGUUCUGUCUGGUGUGUGGGUAAGAGACUGAGACAGAGAGGCUUGCGGCAAUCAAUCACUCCUUAAGCAUGCCUUGUUGCUUGCACCUUGAUUUGCCAAACCACUGGGCUUCACUCGCUGUCAGUCAGCGUCCUGAGUCCGUGUCUCCCUGUCUGUGUCUUGCCUCCGCCCUUGUCUCCUGCCUUGUUUUGCACACAGCACUUACAGAGAGAGCGUGGGGAUAUAUUCCAAGGAGGUGCUUCAGUAGCAAAGCAGGUUAACCGUCUGGAGGUGGUGGUAAAACAACUAUGGACCUGUAAACUGCAUUGUUUUCAAUAAAUGAUGCCUGUUGUAGGCAAUCUAUUAGCCAGUUUACCACUUUCUGCAGGUUAACGUAAGCCUGAAGAGCAGCCUUGAUAGCAUUGGUCAGUCAGAGAUGAGAGUUGUAGCUAGCACUUGUUCCACCACAAGAAGAGCUAUGUGUGCAUGCCAUGGACAAAUGGCAAUGUGUGCUAUGCAAGUAAUGAUGAUCUCUGAACCCUCUCUGGCGUGCCUGAUCAGAGACAGCAUAGCACUUGUUGGUGGGAGGAAAGCUACCCUGACUCAGCUGAUGAUGUUUUGAAGAGUAAUAAGCAACCUGGAUUCAUACGUUAUCCAGUGCCACAUAUUUCAAAUGACCUGGUUUACCUGUCCAAGUCAACCAGGUGAUUCACCCAAUUAACUCUUGAACAGCCAAUCGCCUGGUUGAAUUGGACAGGUAAAACCAGGUCAUUUGAAAUAUGUGACAUUGGACCAUAAACUAAUGAAUCCAGGUUGCCCAUAGUUGGUUUUGACUCACUACCCCUUUGCCACUUGAAACUUGAGGGUUAUAUCAUGGCAUUACAGCUUUAUAUCGGAGCCAACUAGCGUGUGAAGCUCCCGUGCCUGCUCACUACGUAGUGUGUUAGUUUUAUUAUGAUAGAAAAAAGGAAGAUGAAGGAUCUCUACUCUGCUGUCGUACAAUACGACUGAUAGGUCUAUGUUCUCAAAUAGUUCCUACUAUGAAGGGAAACUUGGCCAAGCCACUGUUGCUGUUGACAGUGUGUUUGCUGUUCUAAACUGUAUGCCUUGACUAAAUAGAUUAUACAAACCCUUUCAAUGCCUUAUCUUAGACUCUCCAUUGUUUUUUUUAUUAUUGUUAUUGUUAUUACUAUUAUUCAUGACAAUUCUUUACAGUUAUUUAAUUCCUUUAUCUUUAUUUUGGUUUUUAAUGGGUUUAAUGGCCCGUGAAGUGUUUAUUUUGUUCUUGUUUGUCAAAGAUUUAAAUGAAUCAGCAAGUCCUAGAAGAAUGGCCUUAUCCAAGUGAAGUUCUACAGUUCUAAGUUUUAUCUUUUUCUUCGGAUUGCACACAGCCUGUCGAAAAUUUCGCUGUAUUGUUUUGCUGUAUAAGUAUAAAUGGUGUAACAAAUAAAUAAACAAAUAUU